AUGAAGAGUAUUGAAGCGGUGGGGUUCGAUAUGGACUACACGCUGGCUCAGUACCGGCCGGAUACGUUCGAGUCGCUGGCGUACAGGGAGACGGUUAAGAAGCUCGUGUACAGUCUCAAGUACCCGGAUGAGCUACUGCUGUGGAACUUUGACUGGCGCUACAUGGUGCGAGGGCUUGUGCUGGACAAGAAGCGAGGCAACAUUCUCAAGAUGGACCGGCACAAGUAUGUGAAGGUGGCGUAUCACGGCUUCCAGGCUCUCUCCCGGGAGGAGCGGUGCGCCACAUACACAGACACGCCGCUGCGGGAGUCCUUUGACGAGCCCGACUUUGCUCUCAUCGACACUCUCUUCUCGCUCGCCGAGGCGUACAUGUUUGCCCAGCUGGUGGAGUUCAAAGACGCGUUUCCUGACCGGAUUCCGUCCACCAGCUAUGCCGCCAUGUACCGGGACGUGCGGGCAGCAGUGGACCUGUGCCACAGAGACGGGACGCUCAAGAACGCAGUUGCCAACGACCCCGCCAGGUACAUCACAAGGGACGACGAGCUAGUGGAUAUGCUGCAGAUGCUGCGGGACUCGGGCCGAAAGACAUUCCUCGUGACCAACAGCCUGUGGGACUACACGCACGUGGUGAUGAACUACCUCGUGGGCAAGUGUGGCACGCGGCACGGCAAGCCAAGGGAUUACUCCUGGCUCUCGCUCUUCGACCUUGUCAUCACGGGCAGUGCGAAGCCGGGUUUCUUCCUGAACACGCACCGGGCGCAGAUAUACGAGGUGGAUAUUCGCUCGGGCAUGCUGUUCAACACUGAUAACGGCAGCCCCAUGGCGCAGGUGGGCGGUAUGGGUGACACCAUAGCUGUAGCACAGCGUGCGGAGCAGUCACAGCCGUGCAGAGUGUUCCAAGGGGGCAAUGUGGGGCACCUGCACCACAUGCUCGACAUUGCUGCUGGCGCACAGGUAAUGUAUGUGGGCGACCACAUCUUUGGAGACAUCCUUCGAUCCAAGAAGUCCCUUGGGUGGCGCACCAUGCUGGUGGUCCCUGAGCUUGUGCGAGAGAUUCACGUGCUCAAGGCCACUCUCGACCUUCGCCAGGCGUUUCAUGACCUGCGGCAUCGGAUCGACUCUCUGGAUGAUGCCAUGCAACGACUCAGCUGGGCCAUCAGGUUUGAGAGAAUGGACGAGGAGAAGAGGCAGCAGGCGGAGCAGGAAAUGGUGUCCCUGCAGGCUCAAAGGGAGGCAGCAGGGGUGCAACGGCGUGAAACCAUGCAGCGAUGGCACAAACAAUUCCACCCAGUGUGGGGCCAGUUGAUGAAGACAGGAUACCAGAAUUCCCGCUUUGCUCACCAGAGAAUCGCGUUUGACCGCUUUCGUUAUCAGUCCACCAUGUUGGGGGAGAUCCUGAGCGUUCAGCCUGGGGAGUUGAAAUUCCCAUUCGAGCUCCGGAAACAAGUCUCAACGUCCCUCCGACUGGUGAACGUCACUUCGGAAUAUGUCGCCUUCAAGGUUAAAACGACAUCCCCUAAAAAGUACUGCGUGCGGCCCAACACGGGUCUGGUCCCCCCUCAAAGUAGCGCGGAGGUCGUCGUGACGAUGCAAGCGCAGAAGGAGAUGCCGGCGGACCUGCAAUGCAAGGACAAGUUCCUCGUCCAGAGCGUGCUCGUGCCGGGGGGAGCUCCCAAGGAAACCACGCAAGACUUCUUUAACAAGGAGAACGGCCGGGAGGUUCACGAGGUGAAAUUGCGGGUGAUCUACGUGGCGCCACCUCAGCCGCCCUCUCCGGUGGCUGAGUCAGCAGAAGAGGGUGUCAUUUCGCCCAGCCCCUUCCCCACCAGCACCAAGGGCCUCACCCCCGCUGAUCCUAGUGCAAAGGACGUGGUGGAGCUCAAGGCAAAGCUUACAGAGGCCAAGUCUGCUCUUACGCAAGCCACGGACGAUCGCAACAAUGCAGUGCGGGAGGUGCAACGCCUCAAGAGCAAUUUGUCUGGGCAGGGUCAGGGAAAGCAGGGUGGCGGCGGAUUCUCCUUCAUGACUCUACUCGUGGUGGCCCUUAUCUUCUUCCUCCUCGGUUUCCUUGGAGCCAAGGGCAUUCUGCCGCUGCCUGGCCUCUCCCCUGCUGGCUCAGGAGGCGAGCUAUGA